AUGAAGUGUGAAAUGGGAAUUCUUUCUCAUGCACCAUUUGUUGAAAACAAUUGGUUUAUGGAAGAUAGAAGUAACAUUAACAGGAGAGCAACAAAAUGGACUGCAUCAGAGAACAAGUUGUUUGAAAAUGCUCUUGCUGUUUAUGAUAAAGAUACGCCGGAUCGGUGGGCUAAGGUAGCUGAAAUGAUACCUGGAAAAUCUGUUGUUGAUGUGAUGAAUCAGUAUAAGGAAUUGGAAGUUGAUGUUUGUAAUAUUGAAGCUGGUUUAGUUCCAAUUCCUGGUUAUAGUACUAGUACUACUACUACUACUGCCUCACCUUUUACCUUGGAUUGGGUUAGUUCUUCUGGUUAUGAUGCUUUUAGAGGAAUCAAUUCUAAGAGAAGUGGUUCCGGUAGAUCGAUCGAUCAGGAGAGGAAGAAAGGCGUGCCAUGGACCGAAGAAGAACACAAGUUGUUUCUAUUGGGUCUGAAAAAGUAUGGAAAAGGUGAUUGGAGAAACAUAUCAAGAAACUUUGUGAUCACAAGAACACCAACACAAGUUGCUAGCCAUGCUCAAAAAUAUUUCAUCCGACAACUUUCCGGCGGCAAAGACAAAAGAAGAGCUAGCAUCCAUGACAUAACAACGGUUAACCUCACCGAAACUUCAAAAGCUUCUCCAACUUCGGAAAACACCAAAACAUCCACUUCACCAAACCAUAACCAUUCCAUGAACAUCAUCAACAAAUAUUCCACCGCCGCAUCCGAGAUGCAUUUUCAGCCGACUAUGAUGAUGACGGCUUUCGACCCCUCACAUGAACAAGUUUUCAUGUCUCAUAAUAACUCUUAUGGAUUUAAAAUGCAAGGUCAAAAUCAAAAUAUGCAUAGAAAUACUCUUCAUGAGUCUUCUUACUUUGGAACUCAAACACAAAACAUGGUCUUCCAAAUGCAAUCUUCUCAACAAAACUAUUCACAUGCAUGA